UGCACAUAUAUAAGUUGACGCUGAACGGGUUCAUCAAACAGACACAGAGGCAGUGGAAGAUCUUAUAACGGUCAAGAGCAACCCAGCACACAGUCACAUGUACAAAGCAUUGUUGCCAUGCCUAGUCUAGUUGCAUCACAACCAAGGGAACUGCAGCACUUCAACAUGGACACUGACAGCAAGAAGAAAGACAGGGGAGGAAACCUGAAAUCUCGGCUUAGAUCGUCUCAAGCCUUUAACACUGAGGGGCUUUCUUUCGAGGAGAUGUCCCAGUGGUCACAGUCACUAGAGAGACUUCUAUCAUCCAAAUAUGGCAUGAAGAUAUUCCAGGCCUUCUUAAAGUCAGAGUUCAGUGACGAGAACAUUGAGUUUUGGCUGAUGUGCGAGGACUACAAGAAGAUCAAGUCUUCCUUCAGGAUGUCGUCCAAAGCCAAAAAAAUAUUCAAACGCUACAUUCAAGCUGAGGCUGCAAGAGAGAUCAACAUUGAUCACAAGACCAGAGACUCGAUCAGACGGAACAUUAAAGCGCCCACCACAGUGUGCUUUGACGAUGCCCAGAGGAUCGUCUACGGGUUAAUGGAGCGGGACUCUUACCCACGUUUCCUCAGGUCUGACAUCUAUCAAGCUCUACUGGACUCCACGUCAGAAUCAGUGAAGAUGUAAAGAAAACAGACAUUGUGUUUGUAGACACUGAGCUGGCAAGCUGAGCCCAAUGCUGGACUACCUGAGAAAUACUGUGAUGUGUCUCUCCUGGGACAACUUGUGGUGAUUCUUUACCGCCAAAAGCACCAAAGACUUUCAACUUUCAUUUUCAGUACAUUCAUGUCUUCCUUCUGAGUUUGAGAUGGCAUGCUUUGGGGUUGGCCAUGCACUGCGUAACAAAGGAUAAGUCACCUCAGUUGUAGAAAAAAAAAAGCUGAAGAGGGUUUGUUCAAAAUGGCUACAGUUAUAUGAAUAAACAGUAGAUGCUGUGAUAGCCGCUGUAAAGCAAAAGACUUUCCAGAGAUGCCACGAUUAUGUCGUGAAAACGCUGGGGACUUUCUGUGAGACACAGCAGGAACUGUAUGUGGUGCAAACAACACCUUCCACCCAACAUGCGAGUGCAUGAGCUGGUAUCUACAUUUGCACAACAUAAAUUUAUUGCUAUCUCACUAAAGCAGUAGAAAAGUAGACGCUCUCCAGAUGUGGAUUUUUAUGCAUUUAGAAGUUUCACAUUACGACAUUAGUGCUGUCAUACUGAAAUAACUUGUUAUAAGCUAUAUGUUGAAAAUAUUUGUGAAUAUUAAGAUGGAAUUGUAAAUAUUUAAUAAACGAAACAUUACAUUUGCAUUGAAA